GCAAUUUCUCGUGAAGAAGAAGCGCCAGGAGCGUUGCUGCUGUGACCACUGACCCUCAGAAUUCACAUUCAACACCAUCCCAUCCUCUCUCUCUCUCUCUCUCUCUCUCUCUCUCUCUCUGUGUCACACACACACACACACAAAAAGUCACAGACCUACGACUUCUUUCUUUAUAAAAAAUCACACACCAACCUCAUAAAGUGACCAAAAAAUCAACUGGGUAUGCAUGUUUUUCCACACAGAGAAAUGGGUCUCUGAGUUUUUAGAGAAAUAUUAUUGAGCCCUUAGAGACAAGAGAGAGAGAGGAAUGGGGUCUGAGCCAGAGAACGAACCAAGUUCCACACCGACACUGUCUUUGUUCUCACUUCCAAGCAAGCCACACGAAGCGUCUCCUGGAAUACUCGAAACACCUCCGUGCAGAACCACAGCUUCGGUUCCAUUCCAGUGGGAGGAAGCACCAGGCAAGCCCAGGCCAUGCACCACCACCACCACCACCACCGAAUCGAAGCCCAGGAGUUCAAGACCGUUGGAACUGCCUCCGAGGUUGUUACGUGAGACAAAAAAUACCGACAUGCCCUCCCCAACCACCGUCUUGGACGGGCCUUACGUGGGCCGGUCUCUCUCUCACAGGUUUUCCUUCACAAGCUCAGAGGGUGGAGGUCUGGGGAAGCGAGUGGCUAGGGAGAAAGGGUUAGAGUUUGUGUCCAUGAGGUGGGGGAGUUUCAGGAAGAGUACUAAGGAUGUUCUUGUGGGUGCUUUCGACUUUUCAUCUAGGGUGGUUGAUGAUGGUGGCGGCGGUGGAAACACGGCGGUGAAGAUCACAAGGGUCAAGAGGAAAGGGAGCCUUUUGAGCCUCUCUCACAAAAGGUCACAUUUUUUGGCAAGCGUUUAUGAAACCUUUAAGCAAGCGGUCCCAUGGAGACGUAGGCAAGAAAGACUGGGAAAAAUGGCAUCGUGAUUUAUUGCCACGCUCCCAUCUCCCCCCAAUAUAUCAUGCUGCCAUUGCCAUAUGGUGCUCUAAUUUCUAUUUCAAAAUCUUGUAUAGUUCUAAAAUAAUUCAAUAAUAUGUCUACUUUAUCUGUAUAUUC